AUGCUAACAUCGAUCGUUCGCUCGCUCUCCAUACUAAUUAACGAAAAAGUCCCAACCUUGUCCAACAAAAUAGCGUUUUCUGGUGGGGCUGUGUAGAUAAUAUUUCAUUUUCUUUCUGUAGCUCCUGGGUUCAUUGACCUAUGUUCAGAAACGAAAUUGUCCUCAGAAAACCCGGUUGUGAUAUCACCAGGAAGACGCGUAUUUGCUAAUCUAAAGAUAAUUACAUACAGUUUUGUCGGUAACAGUUGCCCGUUAUACUUAUUUUUGGCAGCUGCAGACGAGAUGCCUGGGACCUCCAGCAAACCCGACAAAAUAUCAUUUGUGUCUGGCAACCCUACUGUUGAGAAAACCGAAGGAAUAAUUCAUCUCUUUAAGACGAAGUUCACUCCUUUUAUUUAUAACAGUUAA